AUGCUGAAAGGUGCAGAUGAUUCUGUUAUGGAGCAGGAGGACUCUGCUUCUCAACAUGGAGAAAUGACGAGUUGGGAUAUCAAUGAUAUCAAACUUCCCCAGUAUGUGAACCAGACAGACUGGUUCCAAGAAUGGCCAGAUUCCUAUGUAAAACAUAUCUAUAGCUCAGAGGAUAAAAAUGCUCAGAGGCACCACAGCAGCUGGGCAAUGAGAAACACCAACAACCACAACUCUCGCAUCUUGAAAAAGUCCUGCCUUGGGGUGGUGGUUUGUGGGAAUGACUGCUCUACCUUGGAUGGGAGAAAGAUUUACCUAAGACCAGCCAUAUGUGAUAAAGCCAGGCAAAAACAACAGCGGAAAUGCUGUCCAAACUGCAAUGGACCACUGCGACUCCUUUCCUGCCGAGGCCAUGGUGGCUACCCAGUUACCAACUUCUGGAGGCAUGAAGGCCAGUUCAUAUUUUUCCAGUCCAAAGGAGCUCAUGACCACCCACGUCCAGAAACAAAACUAGAAGCAGAAGCAAGAAGAUCAAUCCAAAAAGCAAAGACAGCUUUUUCUCCACCUUCUCUAAGACUAAAAAGAGUCCAGGAGAUUGAGUCUCUGACAGGUUCAAUGCCAACACAGGUGCCUUCGCUUCUUUCCCCCCCGGAUGCUCACACGCCACCUGCUAAUUUCAGGAGACAUUUAAGCAAAAGCUCGCAGGAGCCGAGGCCGAGCAGCUGCUCCGGGCAGCUUCCAUCCCCAAGGGCAGCCGGGGAGGAUGGUCCCUGCGCGGAGAGAGCGGGCUGGGCCCGAAGCCUGGCCCUCAGCAGGGCCCUCAGCGCCAAGGGGCCGCGCGGCGUCCCCGCUGUGCCCAGCGCAGCCCCUGCUCGCCAGCAGCGCGCCCACCUCAGCGCCCAGCACACCCUGCCCGGGACAAAGGGCUGGGACCCCUUCGGCUGUGAUGUGAGCCCUUUGGCAGAAGGAUCCUGCGGGGAGAAAUCCCCUUUGACCUACAGCGGCAGCCGCCCGGCUCUGCCGCCCUGCGCCGCGCCUCAGGGCGGGCUCUGCGCCAUGGCGAGCGGGGCACAGCCUCGCCCGCAGCUGCUGCCGCCUCCCCGGGAAAGCGGAGGGCUUAGGGGGGCGGGCGGCCACGGAGCCUGUCUCAACUACUGCAACAACGACGUGGUUUUUAACAUGUACCCAUUGCGGUGA